AUGAGAAGAAUAAAUGAAGCCUCGGAUAACCUUAAUCUUAAUUCUAAUCAUACACUUCUGGAAUGUGGUCCAGCUCGGCCCCAGACUGAUCAUACUCCAGAUACAAACAACUACUCUGGGGAUAAUAGACAAGACCUUUUGCAGCCGGGAACUGAUUCGCAAGCAUCGCAUGCAGCGACCAGCCCAGUUGUAGCAACUAGACAGCGUAAAAAAUGGACAUCAGAAAUUAACGAAUUCUUAUUACGCACAUACCUACAGAUCACUAAAUUAGAAACACACAGAACCCUUUUCCGAAAACGUUUACGUGAAAAGUUUGUAGAAAAAUAUCCGCAAAUGAACGUGUCAGAGCAAAACUUGUCUGAUCAAUUAAGAGCGAUACGCAGACAUGAUUACAUCACAGAAGCAAGAAGAGAAGAAAUUACCCAGGAAGUGGCGAGAGAGCUCGGUAGCAACUCUGGAGCCCCAGCAAGCCCUGAGCAAACAAACAACACACCACAGGAUGGUAGUAUGGAUGCAGAGAACGAAGGGAAUGUCCCUUUAAUUAUUGAGCCCGUCAACGACAAUGCAGAGUCAAUAGAUUUUGAAAGUGCAUAUAAUAGUUUUCAAGAAAAUUAUGCGAAAUAUAGGGGAAUGCCUGUGAUGAGUCUGCCGCACUUGCCGAAACUAAACACCUCUAGAAAACUCGGAAAAUUAGUUGACUAUUACAACGCUGUUGUAUUACCGGAAACACUGAACGAAGAGAUUAGUCUCGAAGAACUUAUAAUAGUCAUAUACUGCGUUGCUAAAACUAUAUCUGAAAUAAUCACUAACAAACAUUUUGAGAACAAUCAACACAAUCAGAAGCCAAAACACUCCAAAUCAACUGACAAGAGUAAUAAACCGAAGUGGUUGAUAAGACUCGAUAAGAACAUUGAAGAGCACCGCCGAAAAAUAGGAAAAAUAACAGCAUUGGUAGGUGGAAACACCUCCGGACGAUUGAAACGCCAAGUCCUCAAAAUAUGUAAAAACUUUAAUACUCACUCGAAGUUCGAAAAUAAUGAAGAAAUGCCCAAGCGUACGCUCGAUACGCUCAAGCAAAAAUUAAGAACGCUAACCACCAGAAGAGAAAAAUAUAGCAUGUCUAUGAAACGCAAGCAACAUAAUCGUAUGUUUGAAAGCAAUCAAAAGCUAUUUUUACGACAAUUAAAACAAACCACGAACGUAGAAAGGCAGACGCGACAGGCAUCAAUGGAUGAAUUUAGAUCAUACUGGUCGGCUAUUUGGUCCAAACCUCAGAAAUACAACACCUCGGCAAGCUGGUUAGCAGAAGUGAGAGAAAAGUACUCUAGUAUCCCAAUACUUGGUUUCUCAGCCGUAACACCUGAAGAGGUUGCGAAAGUUGCUCGAAGGCUCCACAAUUGGAAAACUCCAGGCUGCGACAACUUGCAUGCUUACUGGUUCAAAAAGCUUACAUGUAUACACGACAAACUUGCAGCCCUCUUCACCAAGAUAAUAACCGGCGAAGAAGAAUUGCCAAAUUUUGCAACGCUUGGUACGACAUAUAUGAUUCCAAAAUGUGAUGAAAUCAAUGACCCUUCAAAAUUCAGGCCCAUCACCUGUCUGCCAGUUAUUUACAAAAUACUUACGUCGUGCAUAACUAACAUCUUUUAUGAGCAUAUCGAAACACAUAAUCUGAUUGCAGAAGAGCAGAAAGGAUGUAUACGUGCAUCACAAGGUUGUAAAGAGCAACUGAUUAUAGAUCAAGUUGUCCUUGGGCAAUCUAAACAGAAGAACAGAAACCUCUAUGCAGCUUAUAUUGACUGGAUGAAAGCAUUCGAUUCGGUUCCACACUCCUGGCUUAUUGAAGUACUUCGUAUUUACAACUUCAAUUCCAAUAUCAUACUCUUUCUAGAAAAAGUUAUGCAACGCUGGAGGACAAGAAUAAAAAUACCUGGCCCGGAAAGCUCUCAAUACACAACCGAAAUAAACAUUCGAAAUGGUAUCUUUCAAGGUGACUCGUUGAGUCCGCUCUGGUUUGUUCUCAGCAUGAACCCCUUAAGUCACAUCCUGAAUGAGACGGGACAUGGAUGAUUUGAAACUCUACGCCAGCAAUUCCAAACAUCUAGAUAAGCUUUUGAGAUGUGUCGAAACCUUCUCCAAUGACAUUAAAAUGCCUAUUGGACUUGAUAAAUGCCGAAAGAUCACAAUAGUUAAAGGUAAAGUGGUUUCUCGACAUGUAACCGCGGAAAGUAGCGGACUCGACAUAGCAGAAAUGGAGGCAGGAGAGGUAUACAAGUACCUUGGAGUUAUGCAAAGCAGCAGUAUAAAUACGAUGCAAAUGAGGAAAAAACUGAUAGCAGAAUUUAAAAGGCGCCUUCACGCUAUCUGUAAAACCCAACUUAAUGGGAAAAACCAAAUCCACGCCAUUAAUUCAUUUGUCGUCCCGGUGGUAUCGUAUAGCUUCGGAAUUGUAAAAUGGUCAUCUACUGAAAUAGAAAAUCUACAACGAAUAAUACGCACAAUUAUGACUAAAUACAAGUCACGUCACCCAAAAAGCUCUGUCGUUCGAAUGAUGCUACCUAGAAAAGCGGGAGGCAGAGGACAGAUUGAUGUUGGAGCACUGCAUGACAAACUUAUCUUGAACAUAAGAGCAUAUUUCCAACAUAAGUGUUCCCAAUCCGAGCUCCACAAGGCUGCAAGUGCUGCGGAUGAUAAUUAUACCCCACUUCGGAUGAAUCAACCCUACGAAAUCAAGAACACAACCACAAUAGAUGAAAAAAUCCAAAGAUGGUCUGAAAUGGCUAUCCACGGCGUAUAUCGAAAAGACUUGCUGAGCCCACAUGUCGACCAAAAAUUGUCGCACUUAUGGCUUACCAACAGGUCGAUAUUUGCCGAAACGGAGGGUACCAUUUUCGCCAUACAAGAUGGUGUGAUUCCAACGAGAAAUUACAUUAAAUACGUAAUGCGAGAUCCAAA